CUGGAUUUGGAAGACUCAGGCGCUCAAGCCAGGACGGGAGAAAUGUAACAAGUGUGGCAUCUACGACUGGACCUCUCUCCUUCGCCCAGGAUCCGUGGUGCGCUUCCAGCUGGACACAGCGCCCGUGGACCCCGCCGUCGCAGCCACCAUGCAGAAGCCACCAGCCAAGCCCACGAUCAAGCAGCUGGAGGACGCAGCCGCUACCCUGCGCAGACUCCAAGGCCAGCAAGAGCGCCUCAAGUCCCAGCUCCAGCGAGCAGCGGCCUGGCAAGACGAAUUGGUUGAGAAGCUCACCAGAAACAUCGACGAGACCCAGCAGGAAGGCGAAGAUGAUUUCCCCGUGCUGGAAGAAGGCGAUCUGGCUCUCCUGGCCCCUGAAGAGCGCGCAGCCUAUGAUCAAGCGAAGUCAAUCCACGAGAAGGCCAAGAAGGCCAUGGGGAACCACCACCGCACUGGAGAGCAAGCUCGUGAUGCGGUCGCCACCGCCAAGAAGCACUGCGAGACCAUCACCCUCAAGAAGCGCAAGAAGGACGAAGGAGACCACCGCGGUGCCCCUGCAGCCACUGACGCCGCCCAGAACGAAGAAGCCGCUGCUCCAGUGCCAACAGCCAACACGUACGACUUCACGAACGCAGGGGAAGUCAAGCGGUUCGUGGACGAGAAGACCCGACGCCUGGCGACGCGCGACCUGCGCGUCUUCUACGCGAACAUCAGUAACUUGUCCUACGCCGUCCGUGAGUUCUGCAGGGAUGCGCCAUACGACUUCAUGGGGUUUGUGGAAACCCACCUGUAUGGCAAGAAGCUUGAGGACGAGCAGCGGCACCUCAGAGGCAUGGGGUGGCGCACUGAGUAUACUACGGCACCAGCCACGCCGACGUCGGGAAAGGGCAGCUCUGGGGGAGCUCUCUGGGCGCGAGCGAGGCAGUUCAACACAUUUCCGCAUCUAGCCACGGGGUGUGGCGAUGACCUACUGUUCCAGCAGCUCCAUGACAUUGCAAUCACCAUGGUCCGCCUCAAGCACGUUGCGGUCGCCUUCAUCACUAUCUACCUCACCUCGGACCCCAAAGGGCUGGAUCUCCCUACCAACAUCUCCAAGCUCAACCAGCUGCUCACGCUCGUGCGCACGCUGGGCACGCCGUGGCUGGUCUACGGCGACUUCAACAACACUCCAGAGCAGUUCAGGGCCUCGUGUUGGCACGAAGCUUUUGCGGCUGAGUAUCUCCAACCCAACUGCGAGUUCACCUGCGCGGGAAGCUCAGGGCGUAUGAUAGAUUGGGGUCUAUGUUCGCUAAUGUUCCUGCCGCUCGUCAAGUCCGUGGAGCCUGUCUAUGACGUUCCGUGGCAGCCGCACGCGGGCAUCGAGAUCCGCAUGCAUUCGAG